AUGACUAUGGUACGAACUAUUAUUGCCAUUGUUGUUUCACAAAACUGGUCUCUUUAUCAAAUGGAUGUCAAAAAUGCUUUUCUCCAUAGUGAUCUUAAAGAAGGUAUUUAUAUGAAACCUCUACCUGGUUUGUUCUCAUCACCUACAUCAGAUGUAUGCAAGUUGAAGCGGUCUUUAUAUGGAUUAAAACAAGCUCCAAGAGCUUGGUUUGAUAAGUUCUGGUCUACUUUGCUACAAUUUUCUUUUGAGCAGAGAAAAUAUGACUCAUCUUUGUUUCUUCGGAAAACAUCUACAAGUUGUGUUCUUCUUUUGGUGUAUGUAGAUGGCAUUAUUAUCACAGGAACUGAUUCUUCACUAAUCACUUGCCUCCAACAGCAGCUUAAAGAUUCUUUUCAUAUGAAAGAUCUUGGCACUCUUACUUAUUUUUUGGGUUUGGAAGUUCAUAAUGUUGCUUCAGGUGUAUUUCUAAACCAACACAAAUAUAAUCAGGAUCUGAUUUCUUUAGCUGGUCUUCAAGUUUCCUCCUCCGUAGAUACUCCACUGGAAAUGAAUAUCAAGUAUCGUCGUGAGGAAGGCGAUCUUCUUCCUGAUCCAACUAUAUUUCGACAAUUAGUUGGGAGUCUAAAUUACCUUACUAUUACUAGGCCUGAUAUCUCUUUUGCAGUUCAACAAGUUAGUCAAUUUAUGCAAGCUCCCCAUCAUCUCCACUUGGUGGCUGUUCGUCGCAUCAUUCGGUACCUUCUAGGAACAUCUACUCGUGGAUUGUUCUUUCCAAGUGGUUCUCCUAUUCGUCUUAAUUCUUUUAGUGAUUCUGAUUGGGCGGGAUGUCCUGAUACUCGUCGUUCAGUCUCUAGUUGGUGCAUGUUUCUUGGAGAGUCAUUGAUAUCUUGGAAGAGUAAAAAGCAAGAUCGUGUGUCAAAAUCUUCAACAGAGGCUGAAUAUUGA